GGAGGGAGAGAGAGCUUCCAUUCAUUGGUCCAUUCCCCAAAUGCCUGCAAUAGCCAGGGCUAAGCCAAGUCAAAUCCAGGAGUCUGGAGCUGUUUCUGGGUCUCCCACAUGGGCUGCUGGGACUCAGCCAUCAUCCACUGCCUUCCCAAGUGCUCUGACAGGAAGCUGAUAAGCAGCAGAGGAACCAGGACUAGAACUGGCACUUUGAUAUGGGAUUCAGGCAUCUCAAGGUGGCUUAACCUGCUGCAUCACAAUGUCAGCCCCAGGCAGCCAACUUUUUUACUCUGACUCUUCUACAUUGUUUUCUAAGUUUUCCUGAAGGUUUGGAUUACAAAUAAGGUGUUCGUUAAUUUUUCAACAGACGUGCAGGGGUACUGUUUACACUUUACCAGUGAUGAGAUAAAGGAAACUUACGAUGGAAGAAGUUGGACAGAACCCAUUGAAUGACGUGUGCAAGAUGAUGGAAAUACCAAAUUUGGAAGUCACAAAACAGAAUCUUGACUACCUGAACUCAGAUCUUGAACAGGACCUGCAGAAACUGGAUGAGGCAAAUCAGAUUCUUCUUAGAAAAAUCCAAGAGAAAGAAGAAACUAUUCAAAGUCUGGAAACAGAGAUCACCCUGUCACUGGGGCGAGUCAAAGAGAAGGAGGAGUUGAACCACAUCAUACUAGAGAAGGAGGAAGCCUUGAAGGACCUGAAACUGGAGUCAGGACAACUGGAAAAAAGGAAUAAGCUCCUUAGCAGGAAUGUAGCAGAGCUUCAGAAGGAGAUUUCAAACAGGUUUCAGAAUGUUGGCCUUGAUCAAGGAAUCCUAAAGCAAAUGUUGGCAGAAUUGAAGGUAAAAGUACAGAUGACAAUGGAGUCCUGUGCAAAUCAAGAAAAGGAAAUGGCCAAGGUAGAGAGUGACUACCAGUCUGUGUAUCAGCUCUGUGAGGAUCAGGCCCACUACAUAAAGAAAUACCAGGAAAUUCUGAGGAAGAUGGAAAAGGAAAAGGAGGUGCUGCUUCUUGAAAAAGAAAUAUCCAAAGUCCAGAAUAACUCCUCCCAAAUUGUGAAGCCUGGAUCAAUUCUGGUGGAGACCAUCCAAAGCGACGUGGAGAGGACCAUCAUGAAGAAACAAAAGAGGGUCUUUUGGUACAGGCAUUUCCGGUGUCUUGUCUUCAUGGCCAUGAUCUUCAUUAGGCUGCUGGGUUACGUGUUUUUCCAUCUGCAGUACAUAAACCCGGACCUCCUUGUGGAUGCCCUGCCCAUGAGUGUCUCUCUUUCAAAUAAAGAAUAUGUUUGUAGAGAGACCACUAUGUUAGCCUACAUUUGGUCUGGGAGUCCUGGAGCCUCGCUGGGCAUCCACCAGUUCUGCCCUGUACCGUUGAUACAACCUGCACUUGAAUGGAAAACUCUCCCAGAACUUCUAUGGUCUGUUCCACAUUUUCUUAAAAAUAAAGAAAAAGUCACAUGUUCUUUUGUUAGAUUCUCCAGUCACUCUGGAGUGAGGAUAAAGGGCAUUCCAUUAAGGAGCCAGUAGGAUGAAUAGAAGGCUUGUUCCUUUCUGUAAUUUUAAUGACACCUUAUCUCCCCUACCACACUUUUUAUUUUAUGUCUUAGAGGAGUGGGAUGCGCUGAAAAGCUGGCCUUUUUCACACGCAUAUGUGCUUUUACUCAUUCAUAAAUGAGAAGAAAAUUACCUUAAAAUUCAAAUGUGAAUAAAAGUCAAUGUGUAAAAUUGGAAAGUGCUUUAGAAACAGCCAAAUACACUUACACUUACCUAUUGUUCAAAGCCCAACUCAAAUUUCCUCACUUCCAACAUGCCUCCCGUGACCUCUCCUCGCUGCAGGCCACCUGUCUGGCCUUCCCCUCUUCCUGCCCUGUCCAUGACUGCCUUAUGGUGCCACGACUGAGUGCCUGUAUCUUGGGGUUUAUGAUGCCUUUGUACACAGCCCCUUAGAAUGGUGGCUUUACAAAGUGAGACUUAGGAAAAAAUCCCUAUGAUGGUUUGUAUUUCUUUCCAAGAGCAUCUGAGGAGUGAUAACUAGAAGCAUGGGUUUAGAUUGUAUAUUGUGAAAGCCCAGUCUUUUGCAACAAAAGACUAUUGGGAGUUGACAGCACAGAGAGAAGGGAGGUGAGGAAGGUACAACAAAACAUGAGGUCAUAUGUCUAGCUGGAGGUGUCUCCAUGGUUACUGAAGCUAAGCGGUUGAGGUGUCCUUUGGCAGCUCCUUCCUCCACACUGCUCAUGCUCUGGCUUCUCAGUGCCCUUGUCUCCUUUAGAGAACAUUCCCUAUGAAAUUUUCAGUGAAUUUCACAUGGAAGACAAUGUCGAUGUGCUUGCUUUGGCUGAGGACAUGGUUCUGUCCCAGAUUUUCUUUUUGUGGUUUGGGGAUAAGAUUGUCUCACAACAAGGCCCCUACAAAGACUGAUCAACACCGCCCUCUUGUGGCCAAAUACAAUCUUUGUGUUUCAGCUCCUUUACUCAAAGUUGUGAUGGAAUUGGAAACAGGAAAGAUGGAUCACAUGUCAUUCCUGGGCAAUUCUCUAUAUGCAUUCUAAUGAGUCUGUUUAGUCUUCAUUCAUUCAUUCAACAAAUAGUUACUGAACACCUUUGUUAGACCAUAUGGUGUUCUAGGUGCCAGGAUUAUAGUAAUGAACAAAACAGACACAAUUCUCUGCCCACUUUGUAGUGGGGAUGGGCAGACAAUAAACAUAUAAUUAAAUAUGCAAAUAUGACAUGAGGUUAGGUUAUUUAACAAAGUAAGUGGAGUAGGAGGCUCUUUUGUGGAUUUCCUGCUCACUCCUCUGAAAUGGUCCCUUUUUAAAGUCUCUUUAGGAUUGAAUACUCCAAGCUAAGUUUUGGUUUCUGCCAGGACAGUACCCUGGCUAAUACACUGUUCACUUGCCGGAGCAUCCCUGAGGCAGAAGGGGCAGAAGACUUUAGGACUUGUGGUGUAAAACUACAGGUAUAUGUGAGGAGAAGGGCUGCAACUGGACAGAAGCGCAUUCACAGAGUAUGUCCUGACCCAUUCCCAUCUGACCCUACAGUCCUCAUAAGUCCAUGGAAUUCCUGGGUUCUCCAUCACCAAGCCCUUCCAACAGACACAUCCUUGCAUUCCGACAUUCAAGACUUGGGAAGGCGACUUGGAAAAUACGGACUAAGUGGCCCCUCACUUGCAGUCAGCCAUCCAGCAGGAUUAUGCAAACUUGAAACUGGGCUGGAUGUAGAUUGGAAAAGCAUAGACAUUUUGGCUGCCCAAGAUAGUCUGCCUCCAAGGAGGAAGCUGGUGCCAGAAGGGCUCUGAUGGUGUUCCCAUGUCUUGGAAGCAGAAAAGAGAUAACGACGCUUUACCUGAAUAGUGCUAAACUGGAAACAUGACUUGCGGUGGGAGCUCACCACCCUCCCAGAUAUCCAUACAUUUCCAAAAAACUUUAAUAAAAUAAUUUAAUGUACUUAGCACAGCAAGGGACACAUGAUGUCAACCAAUACUAGUUUUCUUUCCCUUUUGUUACAAAAAAGUUUGCCUUCACCUGAAGCUAAUUUUACAAAGCAACACAGAGAAAAAGGCUGGCUCCUUCCUAGUUCAGUCCCAAAUACUGGAGAGAAGUUGCUCAUGAAGCAAAGAGGUUUAUUUUGCUCAAGGUUUUGGCAAUUCACCAUCCAAGACUGGAGAGGCCCCAUUGGUUGAAGUGUCUGGUGAAGUCGGAGGACAGCAAUGGAAGAGCAUUGCAGAGGAAGCAUCGCAGAGUGAGCCAGGAACAGAGGGAGCGGCUGGGCCCGGUUUAGCCUUCCCUAGGCAACCCUCUCAUGAGAACAAUCGUGCAGAGGCAUGCUCCCUAUGACCUAAGGACCUCCUUGUAGGUCCACCUCUUAGGCACCAUAACUGGAUUAAGUCUUCACUUUCUUCGCAUACUGAACGUGUGACUUUGGGAUUUGACCAUCUGCAUGAGUUUGGGGGCCACAGCCUGUACAAACCAUAGUAUCUUUUUAAAAUUGGACAGCUGUCUGCUACCCAAAAUGAAAAUUCCCUAAUCCUUUGAGCUCCUGUGAUCUUGGGUUCUAGAUCAUCUUAUUUAUCCUUCUCUGUACACCUAUUAAGUUGAACAGAAUACAGCAGAUGAUAUGAUGUCUGGCAAAGAACAGUAACCCUAUUCUUUUAUUCUGAAAACUAUGGCUUUCUUAAUGCUUUCUAAGAUUUCAUUAGCUGUUUUGGUAGCUGUAUCACACAAAGUAAUGUGUGGAGUCCACCAGGAUUAUGUGAAUGACUUUUUAUUCUACAUAUCCUGUUUUGUAUUUCUUGUUCAUAAUAUAAAAUGAUAAAUGCAGAACUUACCGCUUGCCACUUGUUCUGUUAACUUUCAUUUUGUUGGUUUCACUGCUUCAUUUAUUCCACUGAAAUUUUUCAAAAUGCUGCUUCUAUAAAGGAAUUGACUCCCCACUUCAGUGACCAAAGACAGGGUAGCGAGACAGGCACAAAGGAGGAGUAGAAACUGAGGAACUCCGGUUGCAGAAAGGAUUAAGAAUAAAAUUUGCUUUGGCUUUGCCAUAUAUGUUGAUGUCAGACAGCUAGUUAACCCUUCCUUUGAAACCCAAGGCCAGCAUUAACAGCAGCUGCAAGUUCCUCAGUAUUCUGAAACGGAACUUCUUUGAGUCUGGAGGCUUGAAUCCAAUUAAAUAGAUUGGGCACGCUAUCUUCUCACCUGUGUUAAAACUUAAUCACCUGUUAACUAUUUUGGACUCUCCUUUUUAUCGUGCUGAAGAUUAGGUUCCUUUGAUAGGAAAUAAGACUCUUCUCUCUCAACAUUAGACUCCAGCCCCAGGGGAUGGCCUAUUCCUUUCAUUUCUCCUUGUUCCAAACACAUUAGAAGAGCCUUUUAAAAACUGCACUCAUCCAUGGAGGAUGGCCCAAGUCCUUGGGCCCUGCACCCCAUGGGAGACCAGGAUAAGUACCUGGCUCCUGCCAUCGGAUCAGCGCGGUGCACCAGCCGCAGCAGCCAUUGGAGGGUGAACCAAUGGCAAAGGAAGACCUUUCUCUCUCUCUCUCACUGUCCACUCUGCCUGUCAAAAAAUAUAAAUAAAUAAAUAAAAUUAAAAACAAACCACUCAUACUCUCUUCUGGAAAGUCACAGUGUUUUCUGGAAAAAAAGCACUGAUAAGAAAGUCAAGCCUUGGACACUAGGCCCAGUUAUUUUGUUAACCCAAUGGUUGUACACAAGCCCCACUUACCUUCUGUGGGCCUGGGGUGAAUCUCCAGGUGACUUCUACAGUCAUUUAUGCUGACAGUUUUGGAUUCUAUGAAUCAGUCCAUUAAGGCAAAGCAGUAAGUGAGAAACAAUCCUCUUCCUAACGUUUCCAUCAGGCUUCGGCCUUCCCUGCAGACUUUUUCCUGGUGCUCCCUGUUUCCCAGGUGAUCCCUCAGGAACCUGGAAGUACUUUCGUCUCUUUUCCUUGUCAGGCAUCUCAGUGCGUAGUGUUCCUGUAAUUCCUAUCUUCUUGAGUAGUGUUUCUUAAGGAGUUACAGCACUGCAGUGCAGCAGGUCAAGCCACCACCUGUGAUGCUGGCAUUCUACAUCGGAGCACCAAUUUGAGGCUCUCCUGAUCCAGCUCCCUGCUAAAAUGCCUGGGAAAGCAGCAGAAGGUGGCCCAAAUAGUUGGGUCCCUGCCACCCACGUGGGAGACAUUGAUGGAUUUCCUGCUACUGGCUCCAGCCUGGCCCAGCACUGGCUAUUGCAGCCACCUGGAGAGUGA